AUGUUGGACCCGAUCUGGCAGUUGUCCAGGAUCGACAAGGAGGAUCCGAUCCGCGCCAGUCCGAAGACGGACAGGGAGCUCCCCAGUCGGCAGAAUCCGCGCACCGAGGUGCUAGAGCCAAAGUGCGUGAAGUCCAAUAAAGACAGUGCGGAACCGAACCGGACCGUUCCGUACACGCUGAAGGAAGAUCCCAUGCGCACGAAGGAGCGGAGCGACGCGGACGAUCCGAGCGUCAAGAAGUCCAGCACCGACAUCGCGGAGCCCAGCGUGCUGAUUCCGAAGAGACUCAAACUCGACCCGAGGCGCGCGAAGCUGCGGACGGACAUGGCGGAGCCAAGCUGAAUCACAUCUAAGACGGACAAGGAGGAUCCCAUCUUCAUGAUGCCGCAGACGGACAAGCUGGAUCCGAGUCGCGCGAACGACCGCACGGAGAUCGACGAGCCCAUGCUGACGAAAUCGAGGAUCGAGAGCGCGGAGCCCAAUCUGGCCAUGCCGAAGAUCGACAGACUGCUGCCCAUCCGGCAGAAGCCGCGGAGGCUGUAGGUCGAACCGAGCAUGAGCGUGUCCAGGAUGGACAAACGGCUUCCCAUGCGGCACAUGCCGAAGAUCGACGUGCUGGAUCCCAGUCGUGCGAAGGACCGCAGCGACAACGUGGAUCCCAAAUCAGUGACAUCCAACACGGACAUAGAGCUCCCGAGUCUGACACACCCGUAGACACUCAAACUGCUUCCGUACCGCGCCAUGCUGCGGACCGACAGCGCGGAGCCGAGCUGACAGCCGUCCAGCAUGGACAACGCGGAUCCGAGCCGGCACAGGCCGAACACGGACAG